AAGUUUUUUAGUUUUUUUUAAGUUUAUUUGUAAAAUUAUCUUGCGAUUUAAACAUAGCCUUUAUUAAUAUGUUAUGAUUUGUAUUAUCUAUUACUCACAUUUUCCGCAUGAUGGACGAAAACCAUUUAACUGAGUUAAAUAUGUCCGAAGAAGUUUACGAUACAGAUCAUUUUUUUACAAGCGAUAACCAAAACUCAGAAAACUUUGAAAGCAAUUUAGAAUCAAAUUCGGAACAGUUGGAGCUUAUUGACGAGAGACAAGCCGAUGCAGUCAUAGAAAAGAAAACUCCACCGCAGAGGAAUGAAACAACGCGUACAAAAUUACCAAUUGCGAGGAUAAGAAAUAUAAUGAGAAUGGAUCCAGACGUGAGCAUCGUAAAUAGUGAUGCUGUAUUUUUAGUUACGAAGGCAACCGAGCUAUUUCUGGAAACUAUGGCAAAAGAAGCAUACACAUAUAUGUCACUUAACAAAAGGAAAACUAUGGCCAAGAAAGAUUUAGACCAUGUCAUAAACAAUGUGGAUUGUUUGUGUUUCCUUGAAGGUGCAAUGGACUUUUAAAAUGGAUCGGUAAAAUAAGUAUUAAAUAAAACUAUGUGAAUAUAAAAAUUGUAUGUUUUUAUUUACAAAACAAUUACAUGUUAGAUCCUGGCUAAGCAAGAAACCUCUAUGAGCAUGACAAAUAUUGCAGUUCUGUGGAUUCUCGUUUAUCCAGGUUUGACUGUUUUUCAUAAGAAUAAAUAGUAUUUAUAAGCAAUUUAAGCAUUAAAUUUCCU